CUCAGUAUCCAGGGUAGCUCUCGGGCUGCAAAGAGGAGGAGGAGGAGGAAGAAGCUUUGAUAUCGCCCCAGGCCGGCCCCGCCCUCCCGGGGGAGACCUGGACUGGAAGGGGGGAGGGGGGAAGUUCUGGAAGCGGAGGAAAACCGGGAGGAGGAGGAGGAGGAGGAGGAGGAGAGGGAAGUGGGCGGGGGCAGCCUCGAGUGGAGAAAGUAGUUUCCCCGGAGUUGCGGGUCCAGCUGCUGGUGAAGCGGGUUGUGGGGGUGGGGGGGGGCACGGAGUGGCGGUGACUGCGGGGCGUGUAGGGGAGGCAGUAGGGAAGACAGUAGGGGGCCCAGGGGUCAGAGGCCGAGCCAGUGCUGGCCGGGCAGGGAUGAGCCAUGGCAUCAGUCAAAGUGGCCGUGAGAGUCAGGCCCAUGAACCGAAGGGAAAAAGAUUUGGAGGCCAAGUGUAUUAUUCACAUGGAAACAAACAAAACAACAAUCACAAACUUAAAGAUUCCAGAGGGAGGGACUGGAGAUUCAGGAAGAGAAAGAACCAAAACCUUCACCUAUGACUUUUCCUUUUGUUCUGCUGAUUCUAAAAGUCCAAAUUAUGUUUCUCAAGAAAUGGUUUUCACAAAUCUUGGCACAGAUGUAUUACAAUCUGCAUUUGAAGGUUAUAAUGCUUGUGUUUUUGCCUAUGGGCAAACCGGAUCAGGGAAGUCUUACACUAUGAUGGGAAAUACUGGUGAUUCUGGCUUGAUACCUCGAAUUUGUGAAGGUCUGUUCAGCCGUAUAAAUGAAACUACAAAAUGGGAUGAAGCUUCUUUUCGAACUGAAGUCAGCUACCUUGAAAUCUAUAAUGAACGUGUGAGAGAUCUCCUUAGGAGGAAGUCAUCAAAAACCUACAAUUUGAGAGUUCGUGAGCAUCCCAAAGAAGGACCUUAUGUUGAAGAUUUGUCAAAACAUUUAGUACAAAAUUACAGUGAUGUAGAAGAACUUAUGGAUGCAGGGAAUAUAAAUCGAACCACUGCUGCAACAGGAAUGAAUGAUGUUAGCAGCAGGUCUCAUGCCAUUUUUACCAUCAACUUCACUCAGGCAAAAUUUGAUUCAGAAAUGCCAUGUGAAACUGUGAGCAAGAUCCACUUGGUUGAUCUGGCGGGGAGCGAAAGAGCAGAUGCCACUGGCGCUACCGGGGUUAGAUUGAAAGAAGGAGGGAACAUUAACAAAUCCCUAGUUACUCUGGGAAAUGUCAUUUCUGCCUUAGCUGAUUUAUCUCAGGAUGCCGCAUACCCUCUUGUAAAGAAGAAGCAAGUAUUUGUGCCUUACAGGGACUCUGUUUUGACUUGGUUGCUAAAAGAUAGCCUUGGAGGAAACUCUAAAACUAUCAUGAUUGCCACUAUUUCACCUGCUGAUGUCAAUUAUGGAGAAACCCUAAGUACUCUUCGAUAUGCAAAUAGAGCCAAAAACAUCAUCAACAAGCCUACCAUUAAUGAGGAUCCUAACGUCAAACUCAUUCGUGAGCUCCGAGCUGAAAUAGCCAGACUGAAAACUCUGCUUGCCCAAGGGAAUCAGAUUGCACUAUUGGACUCUCCAACAGCUUUGAGUAUGGAGGAGAAACUCCAGCAGAAUGAAGCAAGAGUACAAGAAUUGACCAAAGAAUGGACAAACAAGUGGAAUGAAACUCAAAAUAUUUUGAAAGAACAAACGUUAGCCCUGAGGAAAGAAGGAAUUGGAGUUGUUCUGGAUUCUGAGCUGCCUCAUCUGAUUGGCAUUGAUGAUGACCUUCUGAGCACUGGAAUAAUCUUAUAUCACUUGAAGGAGGGUCAGACUUAUGUUGGCCGAGAAGAUGCUUCAACGGAACAGGAUAUUGUUCUUCAUGGCCUGGAUUUGGAAAGUGAGCACUGUGUCUUUGAAAAUGUUAAUGGAACAGUGACUUUAAUACCGCUGAAUGGAUCCCAGUGCUCUGUGAAUGGAAUUCAGAUCCUAGAAGCUACGCACCUAAACCAAGGUGCUGUUAUACUUCUUGGGAGAACCAACAUGUUUCGUUUUAACCACCCCAAGGAAGCUGCCAAACUUAGGGAAAAGAGAAAGAGUGGACUUUUGUCUUCCUUCAGUUUGUCAAUGACCGACCUCUCAAAGUCAUGUGAAAACCUCUCAGCUGUCAUGUUGUAUAAUCCAGGCAGUCUUUUUCCUGUUAAAGGACCAAUCUGUUUAAGGCUUGAAUUUGAGAGGCAACAACGUGAGGAACUGGAAAAGUUAGAAAAUAAAAGGAAGCUCAUUGAAGAAAUGGAAGAAAAACAAAAAUCUGACAAAGCAAAAUUAGAACGAAUGCAACAAGAAGUGGAGUCACAGCGCAAGGAAACAGAAAUAGUACAGCGACAAAUCAGGAAACAGGAGGAGAGUUUGAAACGCCGUAGCUUUCAUAUUGAGAGUAGACUAAAAGAUUUGCUAGCUGAAAAAGAAAAAUUUGAAGAGGAACGGCUCAGGGAACAGCAGGAGAUAGAACUUCAGAAGAAAAGGCAAGAAGAAGAAAGCAUUCUCAAAGUCAAGGAAGAGCUCCAUUGGCUACAAGAACUCAGUAAGAAUGAAAAGGCUGAGAAGAUACAAAUUUUCAGAGAACUUGACAGACUUAAAAAGGAAAAAGAUGAGCAAUGUGCCAAGUUUGACCUAGAAAAAAAGAGACUUGAAGAGCAAGAAAAAGAGCAGCUGUUGCUUGUUGCACAUCUUGAAGAGGAAGUCAGAGAAAAACAAGAUAUGAUACAAUUCCUGAAGCAAGGAGAUGUCCAACGGCUAGAAGAAGAAAUAAGGGACCUUGAAGAAAUCAGAGGAUCUCUUUUGAAAUUUAAAGAAGUCCGGUCUCAAGGGGAUGAAGAAGAUGGUGAAGAAUUAGAGAAAGCACAACUUAAUUUCCUGAACUUCAAGAGAAAUCAACUUGCACAGUUGAUAAAUUUGGAAAAGGAUCUAGUUCAGCAGCGAGAUCUCCUUGAAAAAGAAGUGGUAGAUGAAUGGGAAGUUCUAGAGCAUUUAACAGGUGUCACUGAAGAUUUGAAUUUGCUCAAAGUAAAUGAUGAAAGUCUCUUAAAGGCAACACAGGUGGCCCAAGACUUGGAGAAAAUGAAGCCAGCAGAAUACAGGCUGCAGAAUAAAAAACGCCAGCUUCAGUACCUCACACAGAAUCAUUUGCCAGUUUUGUUGGAAGAGAAGCAAAGAGCUUUUGAAAUCCUUGAUAGAGGUCUUCUUGGCUUAGAUAACACACUUUAUUUGGUUGAGAAAGAAAGGGAAGAAAAAGAGGAACAGCUUACCCAGUACAGAGCCAAUGCCAACCAGCUGCAGAAACUCCAAGCCACUUUUGAAUUCACUGCCAAUAUUGCUCGUCAGGAAGAGAAAGUUAGGAAAAAGGAAAAAGAAAUUCUUGAAUCCAGGGAGAAGCAACAAAGAGAAGCACUGGAACAGGCUGUUGCUAAACUGGAAAAGAGACAUACUGCCCUCCAACGCCGCUCCAUUUUGGAUUUGGAGAUUGAAGAGCAGAAACAAAAGCUGGCCACUCUUAACAGCAAUAAUAGUGAGCAGUCAGGUCUCAGGGCUUGUCUAGAGUCGGAACAAAAAGCCUUAGAACAGAACCAUGAAAGGCUUAAUGCUUAUAUUGAAGAAGAAGUGCAGCGGCGUCUGCAGAAUGUUCAUCCCAGGUUUGGAGAUGCCAACAUCUAUUUAUCCCAGUCUAAAGAACUGCCAAAGGAUAAUGAAAAACUUCACAAUGGCACUAUUCAACGUAAGCUUAAAUAUGAGGUAGGUAGGUAAUAAUUUUUCAGAUUGAGAGGAUCAUCUUAAAUUAUGGCAUGCUCAUGUGAUAAAUUUUCUUAAAUGUUUAGUUGCAUAAUUAGAAAUUUGAAAUGACAAUGAGAUUAAUGUCUUCUAGAGAAGGCAAGCUAUUAUAUGAACUUAAAAUUAAAUAGAAUCUUACAGGUUGGAUAUAGCUUUGACUUUUUCUGAUUGGCAAAUAGCUGCAAUCAAGACCUUCGGGGAAAAAAACCAAAACCAAAAACAACUCUUAAUUUAUAACAAUCUCUUUCCUCAUCCUUCAUUAAAAUACAAAAUUAUAUGAUCAGAAUCAGAAAUGAGGUUUGGAAAUGUAAUAGAGAGCUGGUCAACAUUUGAAAAAUCUUAUAAACUUCAAAGACCCUGAGCCUUCAUAUUAUUGCUAGUCUUACCAAGGAAUAUUCUUGAGAAACUGAUUUCUAUAUUCCUCUGAUGGAUUAUGUAGCACCAUAAUCUUAUAAAGCCAAAGUUUAUUUGGACAUAAGGCUCAUGAGGUUUUAUUUGGUACUCUUUACAUAUUUUCUACAUAUACUCUCUUACAUUUCUACUCUUGUGUACACACACAUACAUGGGCACACAUACACCCCCACCUCCCUUGAAUAAAUUAUGGAAGCAUUGAAAAGAGUUUCCAUAGAUUAGUAGGCUAAAAUAAUUCUAGUUAACCCCUACAAGUAGAAUUGAUUUAAUCUGCCUUAACUGUCAUCAGCCCCUAUUCUUUAUAGUCAUCUUAUAGACUAAUAAAAUUAUCUUCUUUCAAAGAGGUGAGAUUCUUGGAGGAAAAAUGAUUUUUUUCUUUUCUCUAUGCUACAAAACCUAAAGAUAGUGCAUUAUACAUAGUAAGAAGUCAACAGGUAUUUGCUAUUGAUGAUUCAUUUAUGCCUUUAGAAAAUAUAUGUGAAUUCCCUAAAAAACAUAUUCCCAAACUUGAAACCCAAUCAACUAGAGAAAUGUGGUUAAACUACCAAUGAAUUUUUAUUAGGCUUACAAUUUAAUUAUUGAUAGAUUCACUAUAAUUUUUUAACUUGUGGGUAUGGAGGCCUGUGCUCAUUUGUUUGCUAUUUGAAUAUGAAUUUAAUUCAGACCCCUCGAUAUUAUUC